UAUGAUAUGACUAUUGUUUGAUUGUUUUCCGUGCGCAUUCUUGGAAUGAUUUUCACUAAGGUUGGACAAGUUAUUAACUCGUAUGUAUAUAUACGCGAUGGUCAUGGUCAAUUCAAGUGUUCCUUUCUAACGCUUUCUGCGAAAGGUAAUAAAAUCACUCAAAGUCGAAGAAAAGUCGACAAAGAUUCACGUAAAGUGCUUUAGUGGAAAUUUCAACGAGUAUAAGAGGAAGGAAAUGUGGUAAACUUGAUUCGAAGGUCAGGACAAUGUGAGAUUCGAAGGUCAGGACAAUGUGACUAUCCUCCGCUGUUGUCCCUUGCUUCAAGCAAACGUAUUGAGAUUUUCUUGGAUCCUGAAAAUUUGCAUCCUCAAGGAUGCUAAAUCAUUGCGCUAUAACGUUGCUGAUAGCAAGACCACCAACUGCGCUCCAAACAGACUGUUAACACCUACCCAUUAGUGGUUUAUUUGUUAUCGCGAAAUUUGCAUCGUUUUCCUGGAAGAGUAAUUGAAUGCAAUGAAUUAAACAAUGCCAAUGUUAUCUGUUUAACAAAUUACUUCUUUCACUUUUCUUUUAAUCUUAACGAAUUACUCCUAGCUGUUUAAGAAACAAUGUAUCCAUAUGCGACAUAGCUAACUAUGAAGGUCACGCAUCUGAUAUAAUAAAAAUUCAUACAGAUUUCAAGUGCUUGUUUCAGAAACACUUAGAAAUAUUGAUCGAGUACUUUGAAAACUGGUCGACCGUUAAAAGGUAUUCGUCUUUUUUUCAGUUCAUUUCAACCAACAGUUUUUGUGAACUUCUAAACAAGAUACCUUGUGAUAAAAUAUGAAUUGUCGUCUAAAUAUUUUCGUCGCUCUCCUAAUCUGUUCCACGUCGUUCAUAGAUACUAUAUCCUCUUUACCAUCUUUACCAUCGUUGAACAUUGUAAGUUCAUCACUUCCCCCCAGGGUUGGUGGCAAUAUUUCAUUCAAAUGCAAAGCUAGCGGAUCCAAGGACUUCUUUUGGUUUAAAGAUGGGAAAAGACUUGGAGAGUCAAAACGAAUUAAAUGGGUUUCUGCAAAAACCAUCACCUCGUUCCCUCUCGUUGUUCAAGGGAAAUUAAAAAUCAUGAACUUGAGAAAAAGUGAUCGUGGCAUUUACACUUGCUAUGCUUUAAACUUUUUCACAAAUAUUAUGGAAAGUGUGGAUAUAAGAUUGAUUGUACAUGGUAAACACAAUGUUGCUGCAGCAAAACAUAUUAGGAAAACGCUAACGCUGAAUUAAAGAGUAUAUCUAGAUAAAUAUAGAUCAUUAUUAUAGAUUAUUAUCAAAGAUGUGCAAACAAUAGAUUGCUUCUAUUCAUUCGGUAAAUGAGAAGACAGCCACUCUAUACUGUUAAAAAAUUAAAACAUUAUGCAUGUAUAUACUGUAACGCGUACAUUUGGUGGUUGAAUCUAAC